AUGAUCCCGCUUGGAGACUCCCUGCUGAAGUACGACACCCCAGUGCUGAUCAGCCACAGUUCCGGGACUAGCAGGUCUCCCAAGGGCCGCAGUUUUCGAGUGAGUCCAGAGCAGUCUCUGGACGCCACCCCUGUCCCGCCUCCUAAACCCAAAACAGUUCCUCUAGAGCAGCAGCAUGAAGAGAUCCUCAAUGCCAUCCUUCCACCCAGAGAGUGGACGGAGGGCACUGAUGUGUGGCUGCAGAAGGUCUCCAGUGUCCCAGGAACUCGUAAAGACGUUCUGAAGCUGGGAGAACACCUGGACUCUCUGCUGGAGAAACGUCAGGCUCGGCUCCACGGAAUCUGCCCCGUGAGGAGGGAGCUGUUCUCCCAGUGCUUCGACGAGCUGAUCCGACAGGCCACUGUGAGCUGUGCAGAGCAGGGCCUGCUGCUGGGACGGGUCCGGGACGAGAUCAACAUGACACUGGCCACGUACCGGAGCAUCUACGAGAGCAGCAUGGCGUUCGGCAUGAGGAAAGUUCUGCAGGCAGAGCGGAGCCAGGACGACACCCACACCAGAGUCGCUGAACUAGAGAGGGAGAAGCUGGACCUGGUGAAGCAGUUGAAUGAGGAAAAGGCCAAGUGUGAGGCGGUGGAGAAGAAGGAGACUGAGCGGAGGAAGGUAGAGGAGCGGAAACACGCAGAGGAGAUCCAGGAUCUCAAGAGGAGGAACGAACAGCUCAAGGAACAAGGGAUUAAAGGCACCGGAGCGCACAGGUUGGAGACUCAGACAUCUACAAAGUCCAUCUACAGAAUGGGGUUCACCUGUUUUUCCUCCUUCCCCCGGAAACGACUGGGAGAGGUGCGACUACGGAGCCUGGUAGUGUGGUGA